CUCCCUUUCCCUUCCUCUCGCCGCCUGUCGGGAUGCUGUUGCUGUUGCCGUGCUUGGCGCUCGCGCUGUCACCAUGGAGCGCCGCUGCUUGGAGGCCGAGCGGCCGUUACUGGCUGACUGACGCCGAAGGGCUGGCCCGGGAGUUCGACGGCAUCGGAGCCGUCAGCGGCGGAGGGGCUACCUCUCGGCUUCUGGUGGAUUAUGAAGAACCUUAUCGCUCACAGAUUUUAGAUUAUCUUUUUAAGCCAAAUUUUGGUGCUGCUUUGCAUAUUCUCAAAGUGGAAAUUGGUGGCGAUGCACAGUCUACAGAUGGAACGGAACCAUCCCAUAUGCACUAUGAAAAUGAUGAGAAUUAUUUCCGUGGUUAUGAGUGGUGGCUGAUGAAGGAAGCUAAAAAGAGGAACCCUAACAUUAAAUUAAUUGGGCUUCCAUGGGCUUUUCCAGGAUGGAUUGGGAAGGGUGAGAACUGGCCAUAUGAUCAUCCAGAUGUCACUGCUUAUUAUGUUGUUUCGUGGAUUGUAGGUGCUAAAAGAUUUCAUGAUUUGGACAUUGACUACAUUGGGAUCUGGAAUGAGCGGACUUUUAAUAGUAAAUACAUCAAGCUUUUAAGAUAUACUUUGGAUAAACAAGAACUGCAGCGGGUGCGAAUCGUAGCCAGCGAUAACCUAUGGGAACCAAUUUCCUUUGUCAUGCUCCUUGACUCUGAACUCCGUGAAGUGAUCGAUGUCAUUGGGGCUCACUAUCCAGGGACCACGACUGUGCCUUCUGCCUUGUUAACAAAAAAGAAACUCUGGGCUUCAGAAGACUACAGCACUUUCAACAAUGAAGUGGGUGCAGGAUGUUGGGCUCGAAUCCUCAACCAAAACUACGUCAAUGGCCACAUGACCUCCACUAUAGCUUGGAAUUUAGUGGCUAGUUACUAUGAAGACUUACCCUUUGGUCGGAGCGGUUUAAUGACAGCGCAAGAACCGUGGAAUGGGCAUUACAGUGUGGAUCCUCCAAUAUGGAUCACUGCACACACAACCCAAUUUACACAACCAGGCUGGCAUUACCUGAAGGUAGAUGGGCGUUUAGAUGGAGGUGGCAGCUUUGUGGCACUGACUGAUGGGAAAGGAAAUCUUACGAUCAUCAUUGAAACAAUGACUUAUCACCAUUCUGCUUGCAUCAGGCCACCCCUGUUUCCGUACAGUUUGUCACCCCAAAAAGCAACUUUCUAUUUCAAUGGAUCCUUUAGUCACCUGGAAGCUCUUCAGAUGUGGUAUUCUAAACUUGAAUUUAAAUCAGCAAAUUCGACAUUGUUCAAAUCACUUGGAUCCAAAAAAGUCUGUGAAGGGGCAUUGACAGUACAUUUGGAUGUGGAUGAAGUCUAUACCCUGACAACGCUGACAACAGGCCGUAAAAGCCUUUUCCCUGAUCCUCCUCCUUCCCGGCCCUUUCCCUCAGUUUACAAGGAUGACUUCAAUAUCCGCAACCCACCUUUUAGUGAGGCACCAUACUUUGCUGAUCAGACUGGGGUCUUUGAGUAUUUUGUGAACACUUCGGAUCCAGGGGAGCACGUCUACACUUUCCGGCAGGUGGUCAAUCAGAGACCUGUGACAUGGGUUUCCGAUGCAGAGAACACCAUCAGCAUAAUAGGGAGCUAUAAAUGGGUGAACCUAACACUCAGUUGCGAUAUUUACAUAGAAUCAAAUCGAGGAGGUGCAUUUAUUGCAGGAAGAGUAGACAAAGGUGGGAUAUAUGUUGCAGAUGCCAAUGGAGUUUUCUUUUGGGUGUUUCCAGAUGGCACUUACAAAGUCACAGGUGAUCUCCAUGGCAAAGAGGUCUUGAUGAAAGGGCUGUCUGGUGUGCGGGCUGAAGCCUGGCAUAGGCUUACACUAAUUCUCACGGGCUCCAGUGCUUCAGGCAUGUUAAAUGGCUAUCCUCUCUGGGAGAAUGUCACUGUAACCAAGCCAGAGAAUGGCUGGGCAGCUAUUGGGACAAGAUCUUUUGAAUUCACACAAUUUGAUAACUUUCAUAUUCAGGCCAGCUGAGGCUUCUGACAAGCAUUUUCAAAGAAGCAAAAACCUGACUCAGUGCCUUGAAAAUAACUUCUUGUAAAUGAUGUUAAUGAGAACUUUUUAAUUUUUCUUACUGCUUUUAUGAAUGAAUUUGACUUUGCAGUUUAGAAGAAUUGCAGAAGAUUGGAAUCUGCUGCUAGCCUUUUAAAUGGUUGGAAUUCAGAUGUCAUAGCAUGAGUUUUUUAAGCAGCAAUGAGAUUUUACAAAGGGACUAUUUUCAAAACUUGCAUAGCUGUGAAGUCCAUUCCUUUCACACUAACACUCCAUUCAGUCAGAAUCUAUGCCUUUUAUAAAGGGAUCUGUUUACCUUUUUGGUGGUCCAUAUGAGAUAAAGGGCUCCUCAUGGAUUUAAAUGCCUGAAACAAGAUCUCACUCUUAGCCUUUUACAUUCUUAAACAACUUUUAUCUAUUUUUAAUGGCAAUGAAACCAGCUGCUAGCUGGUUGGAUUUCAUGAAUUUUUUUGUCAUAAACUACCUCUUAUUCUAUAAUAGCAGCAAAACAGGUACAUUGAAAGAGCCUUAUUCCAUGUUGGAUAGCCCCACAAUUUGUAUUGCUUUCAGCAUUUCCCCUGCUUGUCUCUUUCUGCAGAAGAAAGAGUAGAAAAGACUUUUGAAAUGUUAAUGAAAAUUAAAUGAAAUAUGCUUCUGCUAGAGCUUAAGGGAUAUUUGACAUGUGAAAAAGGUGACAGAUCUACAGAUAGGCUAAACUUGUGUGAGCAUGGACUAUCACUUCCAUGUGGGUGGAGUGCGAGUUCCCCAGUUUCUGUGGUGGUGGUACUCCAAGCUGACCAUGUGGAACUACUGGUGCCUUCUUGCAUUUGAAGAGAUGAAGAAGAGAAGAGAUUGAUAUACCCCAUCACCCUUCACAAUCUCCUUUCCCUUCCCUUCCCCACAACAGACACCCACCCUGUAAGGUAGGUGGAGCCGAGAGAGUUGUAUACACACAGAGCUGGUGAAAUCCAGCCCAGCAUAGCCUUUUUGGUACUCAAAGGGGGUACCCCUCCUUUUUUUUUUUUUAAAGCACUGGAUACAACUCAUUUCAUUUUGAAGUCUUGUCUGUGAACUUGAAUGUGUUGUCCACUGUUGUGGUUAAGCAGAGAAGAGAAAAACAAUAUUUUGUUUGCUUCUUAACCAAGAGCUGUGCCUUACACACUGAAGCCUGUUUUAAGGGUUAAAUAAUUGGAAAUACCUUCUGAAGGAUUUCAAUGAAUGUUUCAAGCACUUUGGCAAACUUGACUAGUAUGAAUACUUCCAUACUCAAUCAGACCAAAUAAUAAUAAUAAAAAGAUUGGGUUGAAAGUUCUGAUGGUCCUUCCUGAAUUCCAUUCCCUCCAGCAGUUUUUUUUAAAAAAAAAAUGAUCUUGGGAAAGUUGACUGUUGGGUUCACAGGACCCACGUAACCUAUUAGCAGUCGAGGCUGCAGUAUGGAGAGGGAAGGGGAUGAAAUUACUCUUCUUUCCUCUUUUCUCAGAGUUAGGAAGUGUGAUUUCAUCUUUUUUGCUCUCCUCAGUGCAGCUCACUGACCUACUUGCAGUUCCUGCAACUCAGGGCAUCAACUUUCCUGAGUCUGGAAGGGAGUAUUAGGUGAGAGUAACACAUGAAAAACCAACAGAGCACUGGAUCCCAAACCACCGUGACUAACUAAUGUCUAUUAAAUCAUCUCCUGGCACCUUUUGGUGAUGAAUGACAUUAAAAAAAAGACCUAAUUAAUGUAUCCCAAAGAGUUUAUUAUUUUAUUUUUUGCACUAACUGAACAAAUGGCUGUAUUUUCACAUUAUUUGUGAAUGUUUGUGUGAUCAAGAAGCAUACUUUUGUGUUAAUUUAAACUGAAAGUUAUACUGUAUGUUAUGAGGUGUGGUGAACUGGUUAAUGUCUGUGUUCUUGAUGUUAUGGCAAACGGCUUGUGUAUGUGACUGGUGUGCAGUCUAAUGUUUCAAAACUAAAGAAAUAAAGACUACUAAAACUGAA